AUGGCUGAAGAAAACUGCACCACUGUGACAGAGUUCAUUCUGUUGGGAUUGUCAGAUGUCCCCAAGCUGAGAGUCCUUCUCUUCCUGGUGUUCCUUCUCAUCUAUGGAGUCACAGUUUUGGCCAACCUGGGCAUGGUGGCACUGAUCCAGCUCAGCUCUCAACUGCACACUCCCAUGUACUUUUUUCUCAGUCACUUGUCCCUUGUGGACUUCAGCUACUCCUCAGUCAUUGUGCCGAAAAUGCUGGCCAACAUCUUAACCGAGGAUAAAGCCAUCUCCUUCCCCGCGUGCAUGGUACAGUUCUAUUUGUUUUGCACUUGUGUGAUCACAGAGAUCAUCCUGCUGGCUGUGAUGGCCUAUGAUCGCUUUGUGGCCAUCUGCGACCCUCUGCUAUACAUGGUCAUCAUGUCUCAGAAGCUCUGUGCAGAGCUGGUUUCAGGCUGUUACUUGUUAGCAUCAGUGUGUGCUCUGAUUCACUUGUGCUUGGCCCUUAAGAUCCCAUUGUAUAGGUCAAACAUAAUCAAUCACUUCUUCUGUGGCCUACCUCCACUCCUAAAUCUUUCUUGCUCUGAUGUCACUGUGAACAAGGUUCUGCUGUUCAUUGUGGCUACUUUCAAUGAAUCUAUGACCAUUGUGAUCAUCCUCACCUCCUAUGUGUUCAUUCUCAUCACCAUCCUGAAGAUGCGCUCUGCAGAGGGGAGGCGCAAAGCUUUUUCCACCUGUGCCUCCCACCUCACAGCCAUUGUUGUCUUCCAUGGAACAAUCCUGUUCAUUUAUUGCCAGCCCAGUUCUGGGGCUAGUCUGGAUAUUGACAAAGUGGCCACGGUGUUCUACACUGUGGUGAUCCCCAUGCUGAACCCCCUGAUCUACAGCCUGAGGAACAAGGAUGUGAAAGAAGCUCUCAGAAAUGUGGUGUACUCCAAAAUAUUAUCAAAGACAAUUUGA